AUGUCGAUUCCCCACAACGGCGAUUACUUAUCUUUCGGCGACAGAAAUGUUGGUCUCACAACAGUCAACAACUGGUUGAAACACAACAGUGAAGUGCUAAAAGGAGACAUAAUCGGUAUCACCGACGACAACACGUCUGUUACCAAAAACUGCAUUGUCAAGGUAAACCAAACUUCUUGCAACGAUUUUAGCGACAGCACAGACCAGUUAAAACAUAGAGCCAGACAUGUGAACUACUGGAGAUCCGAACUCGAGAGAGCCAUAAAGGAUAUCGACGCUGAAAUCAUAGUUCUCGAAGCUUUAAGACAACAAUUGAAAAACGCUAUGGACACCCUUAAGAUACCGGAAUAUAUCACGGAAGAGUGUCUAGAUUUGAGACGUUAUAGAAUGCAAUCGGAUACCGUUUACGACGAACCGCAAGACGCUCUGUUCAAAGAAUCCGUUUUAAUACAAAACGUUAAAAGACUGCACCAAGACAUGCUAAGAGACAUUGAAAGUCAGAUGAGGACGAACGUGGCAGCGAAAGACUCUCUAGAAUGCGAUUGGAGUGAUAAAUACCUGGCUUUUAAUUACGAAAGACACAAUUCUAACUUAGCUACCAAAUCCGUUAAUGUCAAAGACUCAGCGGGUGCAACUAGAUUAUCAGACGGCCAAUCCGACGUACAACUGUGGGAACGACACACGAUCAAUGCACUGAGACAGUUCAAAAGCGCGAUAGAUAAAAGCAAAGAGCUGCGGGAAAAGGUAGAUGCAGCCCUAAUUAACUCCGCUAGGGAUUUGAGGACUAAUGACAUUGCUGUAAAUAAGGCGUUAAGCGAAAGAAUCGCGCGCACGGACCAAGUAAGAAUUGAAUUGGAGAAUCAACUGAAACUGACGCUGGAGAAGAUAGUUGAGACGGAGAACAUUUUGGAAACGCUGCAUGAGGAAAUGUUGAAGGUAACGCAGCGGAUUCAGGUGGCUCAAACGCGGUUAAAUGUCAAGAAUUGUAGGCCAAACGUUGAGAAUUGUCGGGAAGGUUCAUUGAUAGCAUUAAUAGAGGAAAUACGAGAUCUAAAUAACAGUAUGAGUCUGUUGCAACAGAGACGUCUGGAGACAGAAAAAUUACGAGCGAAACUAAUACACGAAAGAUCGUUACUGGAGAACGAGAUCGUUGUUAAAAAGAAGACAUUGUAUAUCGAUGAUAAGAGAUGCUUGUACUUGAGAUCGCAUUUUCAAUCUGCUGAAAAACUUUGCGGGUUCUAA